GUUGCCUCUUCCAUUUUCUCAACAUUCGGUGUGUUGCCUCCUCCAUAUUCUACACUUGGCCUGUUGCCUCUUCCCUCAUUCACAACUCUCUUUGUUGCUUUGAGUCGAGUCGGUAGUGUUCGCAUUAGUUGUCUCGCUCCGCAAUGGAUGAUCAAUUGGAAAUGUACAAAGAGUGUAUUACCAAACAGCUGGAAGAAGUCGAUAUGUUGUCAUCAAUUUAUUGCAGUCCGGGCGAAAUGCACAUUUUCGAUCCCGGAGUUAUUAGCGAUUUCAAUGAAUUCCUACAGAACCCCACCAAUGAAAAUGUGAUGAUGUACCUAAAAGCCCAUCUAGAUUAUAGUAUUAAAUUGCAAUGUGGAAGACAGAAUGAUAAAAUCGAAAUACGCAUCGAAUUGCCACACAUGUAUCCAUUGUUGGAAAAUGCCAUUGUAAUUGUUCACACGCCACUGCUAACGAAGAACAAGGAGAUCUAUUUGAAAAAGGAGCUAGAAUUGUACAUUGAAUCCAUGGAUAAAACUGAAACAUAUAUCUAUCAAGUUUUAUCAUGGUUACAAGAUUACAUCGAUGAUUUGAUACAAAAGAAAGCCAGUGAAUUUGAGGAUAUAUCCACAACAACAACGACAACAAAUCACGAAGAGGAAAUGUUGGAUUUUGAACGGUUGUGGAUCUAUUCACAUCACAUCAAAUCGAAAACAAAACGUCAGGAAAUCGUCAAGGAGGCACGCAAUUUGGAAUUGAGUGGUUUUAGCCGUCCCGGCAAACCGGGCAUUAUAUGCGUGGAGGGUACCAAGGAAAAUACCCAAGAAUUUUGGCGUACAAUACGAGCCUAUGGUUGGCAAAAGAUUUCGUUGUGUAAAAUUGAAUCGGCACGCAAGCCUAGAGAUAAAAUGGAUAAAUUAAGACGUUUUGAGGGUUUCAAGGAACAGCUGUUUUGUGAUGAUAUCGAAAGCAAUGAUGGUGUCAUGAAUAUGGCAUUAUUUCUUAAAUAUUUGGAAAACCAUAACUCUGGCUAUAUGAAAAAGGAGUUGUUUGGUUUGGAGUAAAGUGCCUAUUUUGUAUUUGUAAAUAUUUAGAAUUUGUUAAUAUUUUUUUAUAUUGUUAAUAAAAAAACUUUUAAAGUUUACAAAUUUUAAAUUUAA